AUCAGACUCUCGGUGGCGGUGGUGUACUGGAGCCAGCUCUUACCAGUUCAUGAGAGCUAGUUACUGGCAUCUCUUUCCAACCCCAUGUUAAGUAAUUUCAUGUUGGUAGCUUGAAAUUGGCAAUGGUAGGAAUAUUUCUAGAAACUGGCAAAACAAUGCAUAUCGGUCCCUCCAUUCAAACUUGUUGUUAUACAUCUACCAUCAUACUACUGGCAUGGGUGGUAGAAACCAGGAAAGUGAAUUCUCUCCCUACUGGACAUUUGGGCCUAAUUUGAGAAAGACUUGAAGGGUUUUACAGAUACCACAUUGUUUAUGGCUGGAAUAUUGCCAAGGGCUCUAUACUAUGGAAAGACGCUGAUAGGAACAAAAGUUGAGUGAGGAGUGACACAAGCUAUGAUGGGUCAUUUAGGUCUUGGUUGGUAAGAUGAAUGAUAGGCGGAUGCCAGAAGAAAGAUACUCCUUUCCCUGGCGUCUCUAGCAGAAUCUGGGGAGGCUGAGUGAAGUAGAGCAGUAAGGAAAGGAGAAACUAGGAGACCACUGUGGUUCUGUGUACUGUCGCGUUGGCACUUGCUGUAGUCUUUUCCCCCUCCACCAUCAGAUGGCGCUCUUGCGUGGUCUCAGGGCUGACCACCACAGCCUGGCGUGAUGACUGCAAAGGCUGCCGCCGGUAUAGAGCCUCUAUGGCUCUGGAGAAAGCCCCGCCUCUGUGGGCUGUGCACUCAGCUUGCGGCGCUGGUGAUGGCGCAGCUCCCGAGGCUCGCCGUCUUCGAUCUGGAUUACACGCUCUGGCCAUUCUGGGUGGACACACACGUAGAUCCCCCAUUCCACAAGAGCAGUGAUGGAAUCAUACGAGAUAGGCAAGGUCAGACCAUCCGACUAUACCCAGAGGUGCCCGAGGUCCUGGACCAAUUUCAGGGCCUUGGGGUGCCCAUCGCAGCCGCUUCAAGGACAGGUGAAAUUGAAGGGGCCAACCAGCUACUGGAGCUCUUUGACCUUGUCAGAUAUUUUGUUCAGCGGGAAAUCUAUCCAGGCAGCAAGGUCACACACUUUGAGAGGCUGCGGCAGAAGACUGGAGUUCCUUUCUCCCAGAUGAUCUUCUUUGAUGAUGAGAAGCGGAAUAUUGUAGAUGUCAGCAAACUGGGUACUGCGUGGGGUUACCUGCAUUCAUGUCCAGAAUGGAAUGAGUCUUCAAACCCUAAAUCAAGGAUUAGAGACAUUUGCAAAGGCCCACGGUGGACCCUGAGGUCCAGUCCUGUCGAUGAGUCUCAUGUGAGGCAUAAAACUAAAGGGAAACAGGAAGGCAUUUUCAGGUGCAUGUGCAAAUUAUUAAAAUGUAUUUAUGUGUGACAGAGAAAUCGUACCCACAGUGUGGAGUUGUUUUUCUCGAGUGUGAAUCAGUGUUGGCUGUCCAGAGUUGCCAAGACCAGAGCGUAAGGCAUUAGAGUUCUGCCUUCCAAACUUGUGGCAAACCCAGACUGUCAGGACUGUGAUCUCUUUGUGCUUGCCUCAUCCCAACACCCUCUCCUGUGAGUUGUCAAGGGCAUGAACCAAAUCUUCCAAUGGCCCUGGUUAGCAGCGUUCAUUACCCUGCACAUCUCCUUCCAGAAAACAGACUUUGAGGGCAAUGUGGGAGCGGCCUCUUUAUACUCUUAAAGUGAAGCGGCAGCUUUAAAAGGAGUGUGUGGGGUGAUGGCUCGAGUCACGUGCUAGAAGUGGCCUCCUUAGCGCCUGUUGAUGAUGUCACCAAGGUGCUCCAAGAAGGGAUUGGCCAGGCC